UCCCACAACAGUGUGUGCGCUAUCUUAUCACUCGUUCUCCGUCUGCAGGGGAAUUCCAGGAACUUUUUGACUGACCUACGUAUGUCACCAGAGCAGAUAUUGUGGAAAGUUAAGUGCCAAACUUUAAGAAUUUGUAAAGUAACUUCACCAUCAACAGGCUUCACAAUUCAUGCUUCUUUGUAAUUACUUCUGUUGUCAAGGUACUGAGACAGAAAUCCUACCGCGGAGGAUGGAAGGCCUGCUUCUUGAACUGGAGUGUCCUGUUUGCACGGAAUACAUGCUGCCACCUAUUACAUUAUGUCAUAAUGGCCAUAGUAUCUGCAACAGCUGCAAAUCAGAAAUGCACAGCUGCCCCACAUGCAUGGGAGAGUUUACAGAUAUAAGAAACAUAAGUCUUGAGAACAUAUGCAGGAUAGUGAAAUUCCCUUGUAAAUACAAGCAAAACGGAUGUCUUGAAAUUCUCCCUUUGGACAUAAUCCUCAGACAUGAAUCAGAAUGUUCUCACGCCGUUUACACAUGCCCGUUUCUCAUUGCGUCACUAGAAUGUUCAUGGAGAGGUUUUGUCAGUGACAUGGAAGAUCAUAUUAAGAGCAAACAUAAUGAGUUUAGUGACGCCAGACAUGUUCUGGGAAUACAUAAGGCAAGGUUGCCAAAAUUCGGAACAUCAUCUGCUUGGUGUCAAGCUCUCUUCACAAUGAACGAGGUGUUCUUUCGAAUAUCAAAAGUUAUCGGCGACUUUCUUUACUGCUGUGUGUUGUACGUGGGGGCCAAGGACAAAGCUCCUGCGUACACUUACAAGUUAACAAUUAACAACAAUGAAGGGAGGGGUAGUGUGUGCGCAUGUCAUCAAACAGUCGGAUAUCAAAGCGAUAUAGAAGAGAUAAUUAGAAAAGGGAAUUGUGCAGUAUUUCACUGUGAAUUUGCGAACACCUGCAUUAAUGAAGACGGUGAAUUGGUAUUAGAAGAGGAAAUAUUCAGUGCUGCUGCAUCCUGAACACUUAACACAUGAUGUAGCUGCAAUGAAUACAAACUUUGACCAUUCAUAGGCUGUUCUCGGACUCCACAGUGAGCUCGACAGUUGUUAACAGGUCCAGAAUUGUGAUCAUCAGUUAUUAUUAACCACGGAUCAUUAUCAUAAUGACAAACACGUAAAGUUUAUCAAUUAAUUCGUAGAUUAUUACGUUAUUGAUUUUGUUCUGCUACAAGAAAAAGACAUCUCAUGAACUUUCUCAAUAGUUUGGGUAAUAUCCUAAUCUGUUUGUGUUUAUGUUUAUUUCGGAGACAUUUUGAACAAAGAUUUUAAAUUGAAAGUUUUGAUAACUUAUACGAGAAAACAUUAUUUGGAGUUUAUUUCCACCCUAUAAAGAUGAGUGGUUAUUAUAUAUACCAUCAUCUUGAACAUUAAUGAAUCAUACAUUCUGCCCCCUCAGUGCACCUGUGUGUUUCAUAUGAUUAAAAAAAUCCUUGAACAGCACUGACCAGCUGGUUUCUAGCCUACUUUCCCUAUUUUUAAAGCAUAAGAGUAGGCUUAUGAGAUCACCACGCUGUCUGUGUUUCUGCGUAUCCCACCAUAUUUUGAAUGCUUGAAUAAUCUUUAUGAAACAGCGUACUUGAUAAAUCUCUCCCAUCAGUCUCUGUGUCUGUAUUUGUAUACCUCUAUCGUUGCUAGGCAACGGCAAAAUAAAAACGUUACCCCGGUAACGAAUACACAAACAACAAUAGAAUUGUUGGACGCGUCGUUUUAUGUGCGGUGCAUCGUAUCAAAGGAAAGUAAGCGAUUAGUUCUUCUCAGAACUUCUUGUUAUAAUGGAGACACAGUUUGUUUUCUGAGAGGUUUGAACGGAACCUCUGUAUAUUUAGAUGAAUUUCUGGUUACAUGGAGGUACAGAUAAUAUAAUUUAUUUUCUUAGAUGUUACUCCGUGUAGUCCGGUGGAAGAUCACUUCACUUAUGUCUUUAUAUAACCUUAGUAAAUAAUAAAUCAUAUGAUAAUUUCAUUUACACCAUUUUCUUUUGUAAAACAACAGAGAACUAAAUAAAAACGUAUAUGAAAGGAGAUG